CAACAAAUAUCCCCAAAACCCCAAACAUAAACAUGGAAACUCCAUGGGAAGAAUCUCUUGAUAUUGACGAUUCCGAUCUCCAAUCAUUCUCCGUCCUCCGCCCUUGCAAGCAACAACGCCGCCGAGACACCACCACUACCGCCGCCGCCGAUUGUUCGCAAUCUCAAACCCUAGUUUUCUCACAACCGCCACCACAAACCGUCGAAUCUCAUCCCGAAAUCGUACCACCGCCUCAAUUUCGCCAGAUUCCAGGCCCUGCCGGUAUUAUUCAGGCCGCCAAGCUCCGUAAAUCUCUGGAAACGGCGAAUUCGUUAGGGCAGGAGGAGGCUCAUUUGAUGGCUACACAGGAUUAUAUUAGGAAAGUGAUUGAAGAUCCGAAAGAGGAUGACGAUUUUAAACGCGCUCCGUGGAUUUCGGCUAUCGAAUUUAUUCAUUCUGAUGGUAUGUUGAAUGGUGUUUCAAAUGCAUCUUUGGGAGAUAUAAAGAAGUAUGAAAAAAAAGGCAAACUUGAGCAGGUUGUUGCUGUUAUCAAGUCUUGUGCUCCAAAUGCGCUAGGUGAUCUGACGGUAACAUUGAAAGAUCCGACAGGUACAGUUUCUGGUACUAUUCAUCACAAAGUUAUCACAGAGGGUGAGUUUUCCAAGGGUAUAUGUGUAGGCUCUGCUCUGAUACUCCGCAAGGUGUCUGUAUUUUCCCCUUCACGGUCAGCUCAUUAUCUUAACAUUACUAAGAGGAAUUUGGUAAAGGUAUUCUACAAGGACGGUGGAUCUUCACAAGUACAGAUAUUCGAUGGAUAUAAAAGCACAGAUGCAGCCCCUGGUUCUGAUUCUGGACAGGGAACACAAAGCUUGCACAAUGCAUAUUCUCAGGAAAGAGGAGCAAGAACUAUGAAUGGAAUCAAAAUAAUCCCCAACAGUAAAUUGAGUUUGCCUGAUGAUAUGGAACAAGAAAAUAUAAAUCCGAUUGCUUCAAUUGGGAGCCAAUACUGCAAGACAAGUAACUAUGACAUGACUCAGAGGAUUGCACCAGAAAAUGAAAUUUUAAUAGAAGCAGAUGCUAUCAGAAAUGGUGAAAAUGAGCAUGUAGAACCAGGUACUGUUCACGUUCAUGUAAAACCGGCAACAAGUGCCUCAGUACCCUCUUGGACAGAUGAUCAGGUAAACAUCCUUGACUUUGAUCUUGAAGAUAUCUAGUUCUGACACGGUUUGAGUAUCAUUCUCAGUAACAAACUAGUGUUUAUAUAUAGAUUAGUACAUGCUUUUUCGUUUUACUUACCUUUUUCGUGUGUAUAUAAGGAUCUUAUGCAAAAUAUGAGCAUUUACUCAACUUUAAGGGCAAGCCUUUACCUUUUUACACGUAAUCAACGAGGCAAAAAGGUAGUUUAUUUUAA